GCACAGUCCGGGGCAUAUAUGAUCCAGGCGAACGAUGAAAGCAAAAAAUUUCUGGCUCGCUGUCAGCAGGAUAUGAUCGGUAUAGGCAUCUGGUUGGUGAUACAGCGCCGAUUCGACGGAUCGCUGGACUUUUAUCGCAACUGGACCGAGUAUCGGGAUGGUUUUGGUGACAUUGAGGAUGAGUUCUGGAUCGGACUGGAACGAAUACAUCAGCUGACAUCGGGGCGACCCCAUGAACUGAUGGUUGAGCUGAGAGACUUUAAGGGGAGUUAUAAAUUUGCACUCUUCGAUGCAUUCGAGAUCGGCAGUGAAGCCGAACAAUACAAUCUGAAAACCCUUGGAGCGUACCGCGGAACUGCAGGCGAUUCUCUGUCAAGUCACAAGAAUAGGCAAUUCACGGCGUACGAUCGUGAUAAUGAU